ACAAGUAUUUUGAUACGGGCGUGUGUGGAAGCAGCACUGAUGAGUCGUAUCUUGUGUCGAGGAGUGCUCUCUCUUCGUGUUAUCUCAGCACCGAUGGCUCGAAACGCUAGUUACCUUAUCGAGGACCCUAAAUAUUCCUUCUUGAAGGAUUUGGGCUUGGAGAAGAAGAAUGUGGGUGUGUUCAACGGGAAAUGGCAGGCCAAUGGACAGGUAAUCCAAUCCUUCAGCCCAGCCAACGGCAAGGUCAUAGCCGAAGUCCAGGCGGCCAGUUCAUCUGACUACGAGUCCUGUGCCGCGGCAGCGCAGGAGGCCUGGCGCGAAUGGGCGGAGCUCCCGGCGCCGGCGCGAGGGGAAGUGGUCCGGCAGAUCGGAGACGCGCUGAGGGAAAAACUGCAGCCGUUGGGGCAGCUCGUGUCACUUGAAAUGGGUAAAAUCCUUCCUGAGGCCAUCGGCGAAGUGGUCGAGUACAUCCACGUAUGCGACCUGGCUUUGGGCCUGUCCCGCUCUUUGCCCGGCACCAUCCUGCCUUCAGAACGUCCUGGGCACGUGCUCAUCGAGAAAUGGAACCCACUGGGAGCUAUUGGCAUUAUCACCGCGUUCAACUUCCCUGUAGCCGUGUUUGGUUGGAACAGCGCCAUUGCCAUGGUUUGCGGCGACACAAGCGUAUGGAAGCCCUCAGACACGACUCCUCUGAUCGCGGUCGCCGUCACUAAGAUCGUGGAGGGCGUUCUGGUCAAGAACAACAUCCCUGGCGCCGUCGCCUCGCUGUGCGUCGGCGGUAAAGAUGUGGGGCAACAGCUGGUCAAGGAUCCGAGGAUGAAGCUGGUCUCCUUCACUGGCAGCACUGCCGUUGGACAACAGGUCGGAGUAGAAGUGCAGAAGCGCUUCGGGCGCCACCUACUCGAGCUGGGCGGCAACAACGCCAUCAUCGUCAACGAGGACGCCAACCUCGACCUGCUCCUGCAAGCCGCGCUGUUCGCCUGCGCCGGCACCGCGGGCCAACGCUGCACCACCACCCGCAGGCUGCUGCUGCACAAGAAGGUGUACAGCGAAGUCGUAUCCCGCCUAACCAAGGCCUUCGCCGGCGUAGUGAGCAAGAUCGGUGACCCCCUACUGUCAGAAACCCUUAUCGGACCUCUACACACACCGGCGGCCGUUGAAGCUUAUAAGAAGACGGUUGCUGAAAUCGUUAAGGCGGGAGGCAAGAUCGAGUAUGGUGGAAAGGUGAUCGAGCGUGAAGGCUACUUCGUGGAGCCCACCAUCGUCACAGGCCUGCCCCACGACCACAAGCUCGUCCACACCGAGUGCUUCGCGCCCAUCGUCUACUGCCUCGAGAUCCCGGACCUGGCUACUGGCAUCGCGUACAACAACGAGGUGGAACAAGGGCUGUCUUCGAGUUUGUUCACCGAGAGUUUAGCGGAUAUUUUCAAGUGGAUCGGUCCCAGCGGCUCGGACUGCGGCAUCGUGAACGUGAACAUCCCGACGAACGGCGCGGAGGUGGGCGGCGCGUUCGGCGGCGAGAAGGCCACGGGCGGCGGCCGCGAGUGCGGCUCCGACAGCUGGAAGAGCUACAUGCGCCGCUCCACCGUCACCAUCAACUACUCGGGGGCCAUUAAGCUGGCGCAGAAUAUUAAGUUUGGAGAUGAAUAAUGAAUAACACCUACUAUAUUAGAAUAUCGUCGCUGACUAUCAUUAAAGAAAGAAUAUGCGUGUUUAACCUUUUACCAGGCUGACAUUUCAAAAAUUACAAUCGAAUGUCAGGCUUACUCAUCGAAAAUAGAACACAUGUUUGAAGUGCCGUAUGUGGGAAAUAUAUAUCCCUUAGGCCCACUUGCACCAUCCCACUAACCCGGGGUUAAGCGGUUAAACCGUUAACCUAGUGUCAAAUUGUAUGGGUAACCAUGGCAACUCCAGGUUUAGCCGUAUAACCCCGGGUUAGUGGAAUGGUGCAAGUGGGCCUUAGCCUGGUAAAGGGUUAGAUUGUUAUACGUCUAACGCGUACCAUCGGUGACAUUUAAAAUGAUCAGUUUUUGCUGUGUGUGUGUGAAGACGAUUGUAUAGAGUUUGUCUCGAGUCAAGAGUAUAAGCAAGUAUACGUGUUAUUUUUCAUGUAAAUGUUAAUAACAAUGUUUUAUUUAAGACUGAACAUAAUUAAACAAGCUUUAUUUUGUUUUA